AUGGCCCGUAGGAAAACAGUACAGUCCAGUUCAACGCUGCCAGCUGCACUUUACCCUCUCUCUCUCUCUCUCUCUCUCUCUCUCUAUCUAUCUAUCUCUAUCUCUCUAUCUUUCCCUUCUCUAUCUCCCCACUUUCUGUCUCUUCUCUUCCUCUCCCCCUCUCUUAUGCUGGUCUAUCAUUUUAUACCCAUCCUAAUAUUCCCCUCGCUUUUACUUCUGUUAUUUUUUUUGUUUGCGUUAUUUUACUUUUCAUUCUAUCUAUCUAUCUAUCUAUCUAUCUAUCUAUCUAUCUAUCUAUCUAUCUAUCUAUCUCGUCCUGGGCUUCCCACUUACAUCUCCAUUUGUUUAUUUUUUUCUUUUUGCUGUCCAUCUUUCCUUCUUCUCCCACUCUCUCUACUUUACUUCUCUUAUUUUCUUCUUUUUUUUUCUUUUCUUUUAAUUUUUCUUCUUAAUCUUUUUAUUCUCCGCCUUGUCUUUUGCUUAUCUCUUCUCCCAAUCCUUUUCUUCUCUCUUCUCUAUUUGACUUCCGCUCCUGUUCUUUUUUUAUUUCUCGGUUUCUUUUCUUAUUUCUUCCUUCUUGACCUAAUUUCUCUCUCCUCAUCAUUCAUAUUCACUUUGGUUUUUCUCACCUUUUUUCACAUUUUUCUCUUCCCCACUCCUCAGCAUUUCGUUCUAACUUUCUCUAUAUCUCUUUCAAUCCACAGCUUUCUUCUUCUUCUUCUUCUUCUUCUUCUUCUUCUUCUUCUUCUUCUUCUUCUUCUUCUUCUUCUUUUCUUUUCAUAUACGGAAAUGCCUAUUCAGCAAUCUGUACAAAUAACUUCACGUGAAAUUCGCCUCAUUCACAAGCAGAGGAAGAGGGGCCUCAUUCACCACCCUUCUGCACCAUUCAACAACCCUUUCCUCUUCCUCCUACACAUUCAAAAAUUCACCAAAAUUAUCGAGAUUCCAUGA